GUCUCUGCUCAAUAGCCUUCUUAGCAGCAAGCUUUCUCACGGACGCAGUCACCUUUCUCUGAGGUGCAGUUCCUAAGAGUUGCGAACGCGUUUCAAUUUACAUAAUCGGCGUAUGAACCAUAGCUGGACACGAGCCUUUCGUUGCAGAUGACCUGACGCUGGACGUUGUGGAAGAUUUGGUUGAAGGUUUCUUUGUCGCGGUCGCGAACGCUGAUGCCCUGAGCCCAUUAUCAAGAAUGAAUUGAGCAUUUGGCAAGGCCGUGGGUGGAAAUGGAGGGACGAAUCGGGCCUUUACUGCAUGAGUUGCUACGCGCUUUACAAGUGUCCGGGCUAGGACGAACGGGAACAUUGUCGGUUGGUGUCACAAAUGUCGGAUGCAAACUUGAACUACCCCUCCCAUGGAAUCUUUACCUACUUCACAACUCGAGUCCAUACGCUUUAAACUCAAUCAAACAAUAGAGUCGAUCAGAACGCUUCAGUACUCGAUCCAUGCGGACAACCAACCCUAUAUGCUACCAUGGCCUGAACUGCUCUCCAAAUACAAUGUCAUCCUUACCCAAACACAUUCCUUAAUGCUAUCUGUAUCUCAGGCUGCUACGACGAAUCCAGCCACUGGCCGAAAAAUGAAGAACCCACUGCCUUCACUUGCUGUGCACCCUGUUCAGCCUAUAUCUGAGGGCCAAAUGGACAACGCACUCAGUUCCCUUCUUCGUAUGAUGCGCCUUCCCGAAGUUUUAGAAUCAGAUGAAAAAACGGUGGCUGCGAUGGGUGGAUCAAAUCGCGUCGAACCGAAAACUGACCAGCAGGUCAUUGCCAACAUGGACACGAUACGGAAAGAACACGACUACCGCGUGGAAAGAGCUAACAUGGCUGUCCGUAUGCUAGCGGAGAAGUACAACUGGAAGAGACGUGUCGGUGACGGGACGAUCAACGAGGAGCUGAACGAGGCUGCCUACGUCGUUGCUGUUGCUGAAUCUGAAGCCGAAGCUCAGGAAGGUGAUGAUGCCUCUGGGGCAAUGUUCGAGAGUGAUGACGAGGACCAGGAAAGUGAGAUGGAGCAGGUGGGGACAUAUUUGGCCACUUCACCACUUAGUCCAAACCAGCAUCAGCAGCUGGCUCAGGCAGCUCAAACUCGACCAAGUCAGGCACCAGUAGUCCAAGCGCCUUCCCAGCCACCCUUGGUGAUUAUUAGUGAUGAUGAAGGGGAUUUGGAGAUGUUGGAUGGGACAAAUGGCUUGGUUUAACGGAAACUUCAUUGAGGUCGAUCAUUAUUUCCCAUAUAUAUAUAGGCUAAUACUUGAAGCGCUGUGCGUAAUUCCCCGCAAUGGGCUUGAAUCAUCUACGGGUUGUAGACACUUUCGUCCAUUGGGGAUUCCCACGCUCUGGAAUUGACCGCCUGCUCAAACUGCUGCCGACCGCUUGUCACACAGUUUGGUCCCUCAUGUCGGAUCUUACAGAGGCCCAGCAGGCAGCCCUUGACCAUCUUCGUCAAAUAACGAAUGGUGAGGAUCCUGAGCGUGAACUUGCU